AUGGACCGCGUGCAAAUGACACUCCCCCCACGCAUCCAUUGGCAUGACCCCCUACCGACUCAAGUACGGAACCGAUCCGCGUACGAGUUGGGAUUGGAACACUCCGAAAGGCACCAACCCCCGGGAGACCCUAAACCGAGAGGAAGCCAAGGCGGUGGCAAAUGGAAAUAUAAUGACCUUCUUAAGGCCGCCCACCUAUAUCUCACUUGCCAACGCUACACGACCAUCGCCUCAUCAUUGCCCCUCCUCACGGGUGUGAUGUUUCUCAUCAACUUCGGCGCCUACAUGAUGACUAUGCCUCAAUCUCGCAUCUAUGAGGACAUCAUCUGCCACCACUACUACGACGGCCUCGAGGGCACAUCCCAUCCCUCCCUCGACACCCCGAUCGAUGAGUCGCUCUGCAAAGUUGGCCCUAUCCAUUUUUGGUGGUUAUUCCUCACCUCCUCCAUUCCCAGCCUCCUAGUCUCCAUUCCGUAUGGCAUCCUCGCGGACCGCAUCGGCCGCAAACCGUCUUCAUCCUUUCCGUGA